ACACAGUCGCUCACUUUGAUUUACUUAGAUUGAGCCCCAUGCAUUUGUAACAAUCAAGUUAAGUGAUAAGUGCUUGCAAAAGGAAGAGGCAGAGACGUCACCGAGGACUGUCAUUGAACACUUGUCUUAUUCACACUUUAAGUGGUAAGUGGACCAUUUGAAGUGUAUUUAGGCGAUGAUGCAUUUAAAGGCCAAACUCUGCCUGUUGCUCAAUGGGCCCUACAGAUGGCCCCCCUGGUGGUCACUAUCUUCGUGCUGAGCUGCGUGUGCGCGGUACCCCUGCACCUCCAGGUGGACCACCGCCAGGUGGACCCCUUGACCGUGCCCCGCGCCAACCCGCAGUGCUGGGACUCGGCUUCGGCUCUGCUCCUGGAGAUGCGCUCGCCCAGGCUGGCCGACACGGUGCCAGAGUUUUGGGACCUGAUGGUGAUCCUCCGGACGUCGGACGAUGACAAACACGCCACGCUCUUCUGGGACCUGGCGCGGGUCUUCUGGGAACUCUACUUGGACUGUGUCAUGUCCAGGAGCCACGGCCUCGGACGCCGGCAUGUCACCAGCGUGCACUCGCUCACCACGGACAAAUCUUUCAAAAUCAACAGCUCAGGAGAAAACUGGCGGUUGUGGCUGAGCUUUCGAGUGAGACACAAAGAUCACAUCAAAACUACGAAGAGGAAAAAUUAAUACAUGCUAAUAAAACUCC